ACGUUCAGGCCGUGGUGCUUAGUUGAUUCUCUCGUUAGCGGACAGUGAAGGUUACCUGCUUCAACAGUGCUUGAACGGCAACCUUUCAAACUGUCUUCUCACACCACGGGGCCGGACUAAUCGCUCAGAUCACUCACAUUUCCAUCGACGACAUCAUAUUAGAUUUUAUUGAUCUUAAAACAUCAGCUAAAUCUAAACACAUUUAGCUUGACAGCUAGUUAACUGUUUGUUUUGCUAACAACGCAAGCCGCUUUUCGACCUCCUCCGACCACGAGAACACCUACUCCUGAGAUUUGAACCAUGGCUUCCCAGGUGAGACAGAAUUUCCACCAGGACUGCGAGGCUGCAAUCAACAGGCAGAUCAACCUGGAGCUGUAUGCCUCCUACGUCUACCUUUCUAUGGCAUACUACUUUGACCGGGAUGAUCAGGCAUUGCACAAUUUUGCCAAGUUCUUCCGUCAUCAGUCACAUGAGGAGCGUGAGCAUGCUGAGAAGCUAAUGAAACUGCAGAACCAGAGGGGGGGGAGGAUCUUCCUACAAGAUAUCAGGAAGCCCGAGAGGGAUGAGUGGGGCAGCGGUGUUGAGGCUCUUGAAUGUGCCCUGCAGCUUGAGAAGAGCGUGAACCAGUCCCUGCUGGACUUGCACAAGCUCUGCUCUGAGCACACUGACCCACAUCUGUGUGAUUUCAUUGAGACACACUACCUGGACGAGCAGGUGAAGUCCAUCAAAGAACUGGCAGACUGGGUGACCAACCUGCGCCGCAUGGGGGCUCCUCAGAAUGGCAUGGCCGAAUACCUGUUUGACAAACAUACCUUGGGCAAAGAAAGCAGCUAAAUCCCUCCAGAUCACAUUUACAAAAGCUUCUAUAUAUGUAUAUUUGUAUCUUGCUUCCAAAUAUUUUCAACAUACAAAGCCAUCUGCAUGGUAGUGGUUAGUCAUUUAAACCUUAUAUGCUCAUGUUGUUUUUGCCAUUUCCUCUUUAUUACACUAAAACUCUGAGAGCUAAUACAUUCAAAUCCCACUCUUAUAUCUCACACUUCUCUCUGCUAUCAGCUACAUCAACAUCAGUACUAUGUAUUUGCUGUGUUCUAUGCCAGGAGCUGUUAAUCAAACCAAAUAAACUGAACCCUCUGGAUUCUGA